AUGGAUUACGCACCCCGUGGAGCGUGUUACUCUUGCGGCAACACUGGCCACCAGGCCCGUGACUGCCCCACCAAGGGACCUGCCAAGUGCUACAACUGCGGCGGCGAGGGCCAUCUCAGCCGUGACUGCACUGAGCCCAUGAAGGACAACAAGUCCUGCUACAAGUGCGGCCAGCCCGGCCACAUCUCCCGUGACUGCCCCCAGGCUGGCGCUGCUGGAGGAGGCCAAGCCGGCACUGAGUGCUACAAGUGCGGCGAGAAGGGCCACAUUGCUCGCAGCUGCCCCAAGUCCGGAUUCGGUGGCAACUCCUACGGCGGCAACAGCGGCUACAGUGGUGGUGCUGGCAAGACCUGCUACUCCUGCGGUGGUUACGGCCACAUGUCUCGCGAGUGCGUCAACGGCAUGAAGUGCUACAACUGUGGCGAGUCUGGCCACUAUUCCCGCGACUGUCCUAAGGAGGCCGCUGGUGGCGAGAAGAUCUGCUACAAGUGCCAGCAGAGCGGCCACGUUCAGGCUCAGUGCCCUAACUAA